UUUCUUUCUUUCUUUCCUUUUUUUUUUUAUUAUUAUUUAUCCUUCUUUCUCUGCCGUACUCUCUCUUCCAGCUCUCUGAAGAGAGAGAAAGAGAGUCCCCACAACUCUCUGUCCCCGCUGCCGGACAAAACUGCCUCCGCCAAUAAUGCUUAGGACCUUGUAAACCAGACAACCCUACCUUUCUUCUCUCUCUCUCUCUUCUGCUAAGUCUCACCAACUCCCGGAGUUUCAAGUAUAUCUGUUAAUAUCUUCAAACUCACUUGAGUAAUUUCCACCUUUCAUUUCUUACCACAUCCCUUUCUGUUUCCAUUUUCUUCACCUUUCUAUUAACCCUUCUUCACCUCUCCCCAAGCCCUAUUUCUAGUUCUUGUUACUCUCUCUCUGUCCUUCACUGUGAAUUCUUCAAAGCAAAGCAUUUAAUAUAUUCUAUUUAAGGGUAUCACUAGCAUGUAGUUUCUGGAACAAAGGAAUAAAUUGUUGGCUGUGGAUAUGGGGUCUCGUUCUGCUUCUUGGAGGUUACAUUUAUUACAAUUGUUUUGUUAGUAUCACUAUAUGGAAUGUUGGUCACUGAGGGAGAUAGAGAGACAUAGAAUUUAAGGCAUACUGUAACAACUACUGCUUAGCUGUGAUGGAGAGGCUCCAAGGACCCAUGAAUCCCUGUUUCUUUGGGGACCAUUCAGACCUGGGUUGUUUAGAGCAAGAAUUUGUGACCACGGAAAGCUUGAAAGUUGAGGAAGAAGCAGCACACUUUUCAAACUCAAUGUUAGAGGACAAAGUGCCAUUUCUUCAGAUGCUACAGAGUGUGGGAUCCCCUCACUUUUUUCCUUUCAAAGAGCCUAGUUUUCAAACACUGUUGAGAUUGCAACACCUAAAGAAGCCUUGCGAGGAUUACACCUAUUUUCCUGAAAUGGAAUCCCAAAUUCAGGCCCUAGAGCUUGAGAGCUGUGUCACCAAUGACAUGGUAGAGCUACACUCACCAAUGAAAUCCGAGACCAUGGACCUUCAACACCCACAUUCAGCUUCAUGUCUCGAAGCUACUGUGAGCUCAGAGUGCAACCAAGAAAAACCCAACUCAGCUGAAAAACAUUGCGUAGAAAGUAACUCGGGCUCUCCACCUCCUUGGGCUAACCCACAAUCCUGGCCUAAACACACCCAGUUCUCCAAAUCUCUACCAAUAGUAACACGGGAGAGAAAAAAGCGAAAGCGAGCAAGAUCAACCAAGAACAAAGAAGAGGUAGAGAACCAGCGCAUGACCCACAUUGCUGUGGAACGCAACCGGAGACGCCAAAUGAAUGACCAUCUCAAUGUCCUCAGGUCUCUCAUGCCCGCCUCCUAUAUUCAAAGGGGUGACCAAGCUUCUAUUAUUGGAGGUGCAAUAGACUUUGUGAAGGAACUAGAGCAGCUACUUCAUUCCCUUGAAGCACAAAAGAGAAUGAGAAAAAACAAAGAAGGAAACGAAAGCUCCACUGUGGUCCCAUCCAAUGGCUUCUUUAUUUUGCCACAAUGUAGAAUUGGUUCUGAUGAAGGAAAUUGUGGAGAAGAGGUGAAGGCAGAGAACAAGUCUGAGGUGGCGGAGAUAGAAGUGACAGUGAUUCAAACUCAUGUUAACUUGAAAAUUCAUUGCCAAAGGAGGCCUGGCCAGUUGCUCAAAGCCAUUGUUGCAUUGGAGGAUCUUAGGCUCACAGUUUUGCACCUUAACAUUACCUCCUCGGAGAGCUCAGUACUUUACUCUUUCAAUCUCAAGAUGGAGGAUGAGUGUAAAUUAGGAUCUGCUGAUGAGAUUGCAUCGAAAGUUCAACAAAUAUUCAGCCUCAUCAACGGUAGCUGAUUGUUCAAAGACUCAAAGCAAAUAGAGAGGCAGCCGACUUCAUUGUUUGGAGAGGGUAGGACUUUUAGGAUAAGGCAAAAACCAAAAAAAACAAAAAGGGAUAGAGAGAUUAGAAUAUGAAAAAUGUAUGGUGCUUUAUGGGAUGGGGGUAUCGGGGAACAGAGGGCACCUUCAAAUCCAUUGCCCCCAUUUCUUCUAGUCUGUGUGAGUUGUACCACAUAUGCAAUGGGUGCAGUGCAGGACAAAACAGGUGAUGUUUACAGCCUAAACUGAAAAGUUCCCAUGUUCUUAGCUUCUCUUUUUUCUUUUCUUUUUGUUUAAGAGACCCCAUGUUCUUAACUUAAUUAAUAAAUGUUUAAUUUAUUUUUUUA